GUUCCAACAAAGAUCCGCCCUUGUACGCGCAGUAUUGGGUGUGCAGAAAUCUUGGCAGAUAACUUUGGCGUGGUGGACUGCACACCAGAGUGUGCUUGUCACGUUUUCGUUGAACAACGACGGCAUUCUUUGAUGAUACAAAAAUCCCCCAUCUUUUUUGCAAAAGCCGAAUUCUAGCACCAAUCCAGCAGAAGAAGAACAAAAUUGGAGGAAACGCGUAAAGGGUAUAGUACGCUAGUUUUUAGUGAGCUAUAGAUCAUUUGUGAACCGCCAAACAAACAAAAUCAAAGAAAAAAACCUUGUAAUUUUUCAGUGUUGCAAGUAACUUGGUUUUAUAAAUAUAGUGGGCCUGCCACUUUUAAAUUCCACCAUGACCACCAGUUCAAGUUCAGAUUUUCCUUCGGGGUUCACCAUCUAUGAAAUCCCUGCCCGUCCGUACCUCUACAGCUUAUCUUCCCAACCGCAACCCCUGUCCUCUGUCCCCGAUACCGCGCUCGACACACUCGCAUCCCGUGGUGUACAUAUGGUUUGGUUACAGGGCGUUUGGCGAUUGGGUACAUAUGGACUUGAGCAGGUGGAUAAAGUUGAAUCGGGACGACUCAAGAGUUAUCGGGAGGCGUUGGUGGAUUUUCGGAUGGAGGAUGUGAUUGGGUCGCCUUAUGCUGUUUUUGAAUAUACGGUGAAUCCAGAGUUGGGCGGUGAUGAGGCUCUAAAGGAGUUUAGGAAGCGGUUGAAGCAACGGGGCAUCAAGUUGAUGUUGGAUUUUGUGCCCAACCAUGUAGCAGUGGAUUCAGUGUGGGCGACACAACCCGAUACCCAAGACUAUUUCGUGCGUAAACCAUCCGACACAAGUAUCGGGCGUGGCAUCGAGUUUGAUAGUCAAGGACGUGCUUAUGGACGGGAUCUUUACUCUGGCGCAUGGAUCGAUACACUUCAACUCAACUACUGGAACCCCCGACUCCGGACCGCGAUGAUGAACGCAUUGUUAAAGGCUGCGUCGUUAUGUGAUGGUUUACGAGUGGAUAUGGCCAUGUUGUCUGUGAAUAGUGUGAUCGAGCAGGUAUGGGGUCCGAUACACCGAGCGAAUGGGUACACAGCUCCCCAAACCGAGUUUUGGUUGGAAGCAAUCCAACGACUCCGAUCGGCGUACCCGUCCUUUUACCUCAUGGCCGAAGUUUACGAUUGGCCAAACUUUAAUCCGCCGCUGGAUGUUCAGCUGCAAACAAUGGGGUUUGACGCAACGUAUGCGAAAGCCUUGUACGAUCGCCUCGUGAAUCCGCAUUUGGAUAAUUUGAGGAGCACGUUGGGAGCAGAUGGGAUGAAGAUGGUGCGUCAUGUGCAUUUUGUGGAGAACCAUGAUGAAGUUAGGGCGCCUGUGCAUUUUGGGGGGUACGAACAGGCUAUGGCGGGUGCGGUUGCGAGUUUAACGUUGCCGGGGCCGAGGUUGAUGUGGUUUGGUCAGUGGGAAGGCAAACGAAACCGUCUUCUCGUCCAACUUCGCCGAUCCUACCCAGAACCGAUCCACGCACCCACUCAAUCCCUGUACAAUACACUCGUCCCUCUGCUCGCCCACCCGACCAUGACACACGGAACAUGGACGCUCGAGACUGUUGUUCCGGAACAGUCCAACACAGGUUGGCGUCUCGUCGCAUGGAAAUGGACGUACUCGGAUCGGAGGCUUGUGGUCGUGAACUUGUCGGAUACUUAUGGGGAUGGACGGAUAAAGUUGCCUGAAGUGACGGGGAGUGGUGGGGUGGAGGUUCUCGAGGCGUUGAGUGGGGUGACUUAUCAAAGGGAUCGGGAGGAAUUGAGGAAUAAGGGGUUGUGGGUGGUUUUGAAACCUUGGCAAACUCAGAUGUUUGUGUAUUGAUGGCAAAAGUUACUUUGUGUGUGUGUAUGUGUUUUUCUUUGAUUUUGUACUCUGUGUACAGCAUACUGUUGAGCAGUCAUGCUAAAGAAAACAAACAAAAAAAUAAUAGAUAUACCCC